UCGUCGAGAAGAGAGUAUGUGGGAUAUGGUCGUGUUUUAAAAUAUAAAAAAAAAACUAUAUCAUGCGUAGCUAUUUAAGUUAGUUGGUCAUAUUUAAGUCAUUUGUGUUAUCUAUAUUAAAAAAAUGUGCCUUUUGUGUGUGUGAACCUUCAUUAGGUAUCUAAGACAGAUUUGUGCCCAGGGAGGAAGAUGACGGCUUUUAUCUACGAUAGUGUUAUGGUUUCUGUUUAAUAGUGUUUAUUAUUCAAAAUGACUACGACUACGAGAUCGGCUAACGUAUCUUUGAAACCGAUUGAAGUACCUAAAGCAUUGCAAGAAGGGGAGAAAUUUAUCAAGUGGGAUGAGGACUCAGGUACCGGCCUUCCGGUCACACUACGAGUGGACCCUAACGGGUUUUUCUUGUACUGGACUGAUCAGAAUAUGGAGGUAGAGAUGCUGGACAUUGCCACCAUCAGAGAUGUGAGGACUGGGGUUUACGCUAAAUUACCUAAGGAUCAGAAGACUCGGAAUGUGGUUCUAAUCGGCUCACAAGGGUCAUUGGAGGAGAAAACGGUCACUGUGUGUUAUGGUGCCGACUUCGUUAACGUCACCUUCGUGAAUUUCUGCUGCACGAGGAAGGAGAUAGCCAAGAUGUGGACCGAGGAGCUUUUCAGUUUGGCGUACAAUCUGAAUCAGUUCAACAACCCUACGAUAAAGUUUCUAGAGAAGCUGCACACGAAGAUCGUCCUAAAAGCAGACAAAUCUGGGAAAAUACUAGUGAAGAAUAUCGUCCGCUUGUUCGCACAAAACAAGGAAGACAAGAAACGCGUCGAGAAAGCGCUGAGCGAAUCUGGUUUGCCGACGGGGAAGAACGACACCAUCAGCCAAUCCAAGUUCCAGUUUGAGGAUUUCUUUGCUUUCUACAAAAGCCUCACGCAGCGUACUGAAGUUCAAAAGAUUUUUAAUAAUCUCACCGACGGGAAACCGUACUUGUCGGCUAACCAAUUGGUCGAUUUCCUCAACGAAGUACAAAGGGAUCCACGUUUAAAUGAAAUUCUUCAUCCUUACGCCGAUAUUCAACGAGCAAGAGAUCUCAUAAAGGCUUACGAGCACAACAAGUAUCACCAGCAGCGCUCGCAAUUAACUUUCGACGGAUUUUUAAGGUUUCUAAUGUCGGAAGAUAAUCCAAUAGUAGCGCCGAACAAGCUGGACCUGUGCGACGACAUGGACCAGCCGCUCGCCCACUACUUCAUCAACAGCUCCCACAACACCUACCUCACGGGCCACCAGAUCACGGGGAAGUCGAGUGUGGAGAUUUACAGGCAGGGCCUUUUAGCGGGGUGCAGGUGCGUGGAGCUGGACUUCUGGAAUGGUAGAACUGAAGAGCCCGUCAUCGUUCAUGGCUACACAUUCGUCCCAGAAAUCAGCGCCAAAGAAGUGUUGGAAGCGAUUGCCGAGAGCGCCUUCAAGACGUCCGACUAUCCCGUCAUACUGAGCUUCGAGAACCACUGCAACCCGCGCCAGCAGGCCAAAAUCGCCAACUACUGUAGAGAUAUAUUCGGAGAAAUGCUGCUCGACAAAGCGUUAGAUACGCAUCCACUUGAACCGGGAGGAGAGCUACCACCGCCAGCGAUGCUGAAGAACAAAAUUAUAAUAAAGAACAAGAAGAAACAUCACCACCAUCACAAGAAAGAGGAGCCGGUGAUCGAAGAGGGUGAUAAGAGUGAAACAGUCCCUCAGGGUAAUGGAGAGAUUGCGCACGGACCGCUGGUCCGGCAGGGCUCGAAGGAGGAGUCGUCGUCGUCGGAGUCGGAGAGCUCGAGCGAGGAGGAGGGCGGCGGGGAGGCGGAGGGCGCGGCCGAGGAGGCGCGCGAGACGCACGCCGCCGCCGAGAUCUCCGCGCUCGUCAACUACGUGCAGCCCGUGCACUUCUCCUCCUUCGAGAACGCCGAGAAAAAGAACCGCUUCUACGAGAUGUCGUCGUUCGACGAGAAACAAGCGACGACGUUGCUCAAAGAGCGGCCGAUAGAGUUCGUGAACUACAACAAGCACCAGCUGUCGCGCGUCUACCCCGCGGGGACACGGUUCGACUCGUCGAAUUUUAUGCCACAGGUAUUCUGGAACGCAGGUUGUCAGCUAGUGGCGCUCAAUUAUCAAACCUUAGAUCUCGCGAUGCAGCUGAAUCUAGGAACAUUUGAAUACAACCGUCGAUGUGGAUAUCUACUCAAACCGGAAUUUAUGAGAAGAAAGGAUCGUCGCUUGGAUCCGUUCGCGGAGAGUACAGUAGAUGGUAUAAUCGCUGGCUCGCUCUCGGUGAGCGUGGUGUCCGGGCAGCUGCUGACGGACAAGCGCACCGGGACCUAUGUGGAAGUGGACAUGUUCGGUCUACCGGCCGACACGGUCCGGAAGAAGUUUAGGACAAAGGUCGUUCCGAACAAUGGAAUUAAUCCCGUGUAUGGAGACGAGCCGUUUGUGUUCAAGAAGGUGGUGCUGCCGGAGCUGGCCAUGCUGCGCAUCGCGGCGCACGAGGACAGCGGGCGGCUGCUGGGCCACCGCGUGCUGCCCGUGCUGGGCCUGUGCCCCGGCUACCGCCACGUGGGGCUGCGCGCCGAGCUGGGCCUGCCGCUGGCCGCCAGCCUGCUGCUACACGUGCGCGUCAAGGACUACGUGCCCGACCGCCUGUCCGAGCUGGCGGAGGCGCUGGCCAACCCCAUCAAGUACCAGAGCGACAUGGAGAAGCGCGCGCACCAGCUGGCCGUGCUGACGGACGACACGGACGAGCCCGCGCGCGCCGAGCCCGUGCGCCGCCCGCGCGACCCGCUCGGGGGGCCGCCCGGCCCGCCCGGCCCGCCCGGCCCGCCCGGACCGACGCGCCCGGACGGCAGCACGGACGGCAGUCCGAACAAGCCGAACACCAGCGGCGAGAAGGUCCCGAACGAGACCGAGAGCGGCCGGCGGCCGAUCGAACCCGAAAAGGACAUUCGAGGGGAAAAAGGUCCAGACGAGGCGGAGGCGAAGUGGAACGGGAGCGGAGCCGCGGAGGAGGACUCCGCCGAGGCGAUCGACGCGCUCCUGAACAGCAAGCUGGUGCGCGACAAGCGCGCCGAGCUGGCGCGCAAGCUGGACGCGCUGCGGCGGCGCGGCGCGCGCCCGGCGGCCGCCAAGUUCUUCGCGGCGCGGCUGGCGGCGCGCGCGGCGGGCGCGGCGGGCGCGGGGGGCGCGGGGGGCGCGGGCGGCGCGGGCGGCGGCGCGGCGGCCGGCGAGCGCGAGCUGCGCCUCAGGUACCACCACGCCAUCUACGCCGCGCUCGAGAAGGAGCUGCGCGCCGAGCAGCAGCAGCAGAUGAAGGCUCUCACUGAUUUAUUAGAAUCGGAAAAAAAGGAAAUUUUAAACAAAUUGGCAAACUCGCGGAAGGAAGACGUCAAAGCGCUGUCUAAAAAAACCAACAGAGAUAAAGACGAGAUACUGAGGAUAAAGAGAGAAAUCCACUCGCAGUCGGUGGAGCGCGGCGUGGCGGAGUGCUCGCGGCUGGAGCUGGCGCACGCGCGGCGCCGCGAGCAGCUGGCGCGCGAACACGAGCGCCGCCACCACGCGCUGCUGCUGCGCCGCGACCAGGAGCUGCUGGAGCUGGAGCGGCUGUGCGGCGGCGCGCCCGAGGGCUAGGCGGCGCCUCCCGCGUGUUCAUUUCCUGUAGGAAUCUGUGAUAUUACCACCUAAGGAGCGAAGCGGAGCGGGGACCGCUUCGCCGCCUGCCGCCUCCGUGAUCUCGUAGCUGGCGGUCGCCGUGGCCGCGGCCCCGGAGCUCCGUAGCGCCGGCCUCGCUGUGACGUCACCGCGCCCGACAGUAGCGUCGAUACAUAUCUAUAGCACGACCUGUUCUUUGAUGUACUCUCGAGCACAAAAUGUUGUUAGUAUUAGUAGUUUACUGGAAGGUAUUCUCGAGCCGAGGAGCCCGCGGGCCGGUCGGCGGCUGCGCCUCUCGGCCUGACACUGAGCGACUAAUAUUCCUUACUUAAAAGUCAUUAUUUCGAAAUAUUUUCCAUUUUUUUUUAUUCAUUUAAAAAAAUGACUAUAGUAGUAAAUAAAGAGAUUUAAAUAUAAUUUCGAAACCGUUAUGUAAAUAUAUUACCGGCUUGCACUGACCGGCGUCGGUAACCGUAGGUUGUAGAUUAACAUUCCAAUGCUUAGUUAGUUCUUUACGCACAAUAAAAUCUAGUCUGCCCUAAAGAUCUGAUUGUUUUUUAAAAACAAACUUUAAGCUCAAACUAAUAAGAUUUAUAAUAAACGAGCGAUCGAUCCGAAUAGCUCGUCUGAUAGAUUCUAUGAGUGAUAAUGUCCUUUCGAAUUUAGUGAAAUCGCUUUAACCAAUUUUAUAAAACAUCGCUUAUUCGGAGAUCGGUCUCACCUGCGUCGGUGAUGCCAGACCGCGACGUUAGUCGUUGGGUCGCACAGAUGUGGCCGUAACUUUACAGAUGUUCGCGUCGGUGUCACUUCUCUUAGUCCGGCGGUGUGUUCGAUCCCUUUGUAUAUUUAUUACUCGAUUCACGAUAUAAAUAACUAAAUAAAAAACGUAAAGUUGAAACGUUCCAUGUUUUUUUUUUCAAUCACGCGAACACAGAGCAGGAAAGCCUCCACUUGACAGAAUGGUAGUUAUUAGAACGAACCGGGUUUGUUGGAGAACAGUUUGAGGAAAUUCUAAAGCAUAGCAAAUACAGAAUAACAGUUUAACGUAAUAUUGGGCAUUUUAUUUAUGGAAAAAAUUUCUUUGUCCGAUACAAGAAUGCAAAGCAGAUUUACGAUGUAAUUAUGAAAAAACUAAGUCUAAAAAAAAGAAUAAUAUUGAUUUUAGUCAACUUGCAUUUGUUCCAAAAGUUGAGUGUGCGUAACAAAACCGAAUGGUACCAAAUACUGGUACGACGUACCAGACAAGAACCACACACACAUAUAAUCAAGUGAACUACAUCACGAAAGCGAUGAUGCCCUCGCAAACUUUAAAUAAAUGUAACAUACCUGUCAUGAGAGUCCACCGUUCGCACAAUAAUACAUGUUGAUAACUUCCGGGUUACAACAAUUGUUACUCAAAUUGAAAUCUGCUUUACGUAUUGCAUUUUGUAUAUAACUUAAUACGUUCACUCGCCGCUGUGUAGUGGAUUUUUAUGUUAAAAUAAUAUAUGCAUUGCUCAAAUCCCUUAAAUUGAUACGAGUAGGACGAUAUAGUUUAAGUUUUAUCUUUAUAGAAAACUAAUGUUCGUGCGCAAAUACAUACCUUCAAAUAUCGAUGUGAUCCUGAGUAUGAUGGCUGAAUAAUCUACGAUUAUAUUGUAUAUACAGUAUUAUCAUAAUUAUAAUUGAAUACAUUUCAGUUAGUUAAAGUAACGUCCCCAACGUUACGCUUACGUUUACGUUAGUCACAAAUAAUGGCCAUCAUACAGACGUCAUGCUCUUAUAUUAGUUAAUAAAAUAGAUACGUGUUUUGAUGUAAUAAUUUGGCAUCUCAUCUUUAAUCCUAAUUGAAUUAAGUUAAUUGUAAUAAACAGCGUUUCCAGAAUGUUUAUAAUUUACCUAUAAUGUCCGUCGUAAAUGAAAUUAAAUAUGGCAAUAUUAGGUAUAAAUUCGAGGUCGACUUGUGUAUAUUGUAAGACGUCAAUGUGUUCGCAAUGUGCGGAAGUUUUUGAAAUACCUCAAGAUUAGAAAAUUAAUUUUCACCUGCAAUAAUAGCUUAUUAUAACCUUACUCGUUCUACUACUGCGUCGUACGAAGUUAGCGAUAGAGUUCAUGAAGCGGAACACUUUUGUAAUCGUUGUAUGCACAAUGUUGCCAGUAGGCUCAUUAAGAUCAAUGUAAGUAGAAUAUGGUUGUCAUAAAAGCAAGGGUAAAAAUAUUUGCAGUUUAAAAAAGUUUAAAUAUAUACAGAUUUAUAAUUCUUUUCCCAAUUUUCAUUUGUGUUUAAUCUAAACCAAAACAAACAGGGAAUCUCUUACUUUCUCAUAAUCCGAAUGAAGUAUUCUAUUGCGUAGUUAAUUUGUUACAACAUUGUGUCGUCGUGUAGAUAGCGAUAGUCGAAACAUUACGCGAGGCCACGAGGCCUAGGCCCAUACGAAUGAGGAGGCAUUUGAAACAUUAUCUCAUACAAAAAGCUUUAAGGCAAAAAUGGCUGCCUUUCGUAAAUAUUUAUUAUUAUUUAUUGUAUGGUAAUAUAUUUGCUAAAUAUAUGAACAUAUGCAACGCAUUAUAGUCCAGUAACAAUAUGGCCAAACGGCGGACAAAAGUAGAAUCAGUCACGAAUCCUUAUUCUCACUCAAAAAUUCACUCAGGGUUCAAAUUACUUUAAACUUUAGCGAUGUAUAUUAUCCAUUUUAUAAAUUAUAUUCGGCUUUAACCGACGGACUCGCCGCUGCCUCGGCAUGAUGCCGAUGAACCCGAGAGUAGUCAUUUAUAAAAUGGGUUCAUAAUAUGCUAUCAUUGUCGUGCAGUGUGUACCAGUUCACUUAGAUUACAUAUUUUGUAUAGAGUACAGACUCGAGAAACUUAAGAUUCGUUUAUCAAAAUAAACUUAUUUAUAAAAUGUGCAACUUAAUAUUGUUUUAACCGUCUUUUGGUCCAACUAUUAUUUUCAAAUUAUUUUUGUCUUCAGUUGUUUAGAGUGCAGUAAAAAGCAAAAAAAAAAAGCAAAUAACGCUUAAAAUAUUUUUUGGCUUUAUUUUAUUUAUCACUGUUACAUUUAUGUCGUAGGUUUAUUGUAUUAUUUUGUUAAGUUUUCCUUUUGCAUUUUCAGAUUGUAAUGGCAGCCAUGUUCUUUAAUAUAUUUUUAAUAUCUCACUUAGCGCUGUCGACGCGUCACAAAUAUUUCGUGCGCCCAACGCGUCGUGUAACAAUUAGUGUAGCUAGCGAGUAAUUAAUGUUACGAGUAGUUUGGUCGAGUAUGUACGCGACACACGUUCUUGCCUUGAAUUAAUAUAAUACUUGUCAUUAGCUAAGUAGGUUUGGUGUAUCUCCUAAUCGAAGUAAAAUUAAUGAUACUGAUAUUGAUAGUUUCUCCUCCCUUUGUCAAAUAUAUCGAAGGCCUAAUUGAUACUGUCUUUUCUUUCUCUUUUAGAAGUGCUUUUGUACCUAAACGAUGAUGCCUCGUGAAGCAAUAAUUAACUUAUUAAUUAUUAAUAUCAAAGCAUCCUAAAAGAUCUUAAAAAUAAUUUUCUUCGGUAAAAUAAUACAUUUGUACUUCUCGAUUUAAGUUUCACUGUUCUCUUUGUAGUUUGAAUUAACUUUUUUUCGCGUAAUAUUUUUAAUACAGACCUUAAAGUGUUUACUGUUACGCAACAUAUGCGAUUAUAAUAUAAAUUAAUAAUGCCAAUGAUAAUAAAUCGCGUUUAAAGACAAAAUAAACUUUUAUAGAUAUAAUAAUAAUACAAAGUCUGUCGUGACAUUAUGCAAGUCUGUCAUAAUCUUACAUUAUCGUGUAACAAUUGCGAAAAAUCUAAGUACUUAAUAUUUUAUAGCGUUGUAUACUUCGCCAACUAGUGUGUAAGCGUUGUCUAGUAGUUUAUCAGCUGCAGCUUCGAUAUGCUCGUAAUAUAUGUAUACAUACGUAUUCUACAUGUAAGCGUCUAACUCUACUCUCAAAGUGUUAAACUACAUUUUGUAAUUAUUCAUAUUUUCUAAUGUGAUCGUA